CCUAUUUGCCUCGUUCGUAGUUUGUCCUCUGUACUUAAUAAUUUUGUUGUCUUUAGGGUUUUCCGACUCUGUCUCUUCCCUUCGAAUCCUUUUGUCUGUUUCGCUUCCAGAUCCAUCCGCUUCCAACACACUAGCCGUUGCUUUCCCGCCAUUUUCAAAACCGACUCGCCGCGUUCUCUUCGGAUCCGUUAAUUCAAUUUAAAAAAAAAAAAAUCAAACCUUUUAGAUGGCAGCGUCGUCGUCGUCGGAGAAGAAGAAGGAAGAGAACACGGAGGGAGGAGGUGAGUUGUUGUUCUGUGGCGCCACCUCUUGGGACAUCAUUGGACGUCGCAAAGGUGGACUCGAAGGCAACUUGGUCUCUCCCACUCGCUUAAGGCCACUCCUCGGCAUCGACAUUCGUUUCGUCGCCUCUGGUUGCGCUUCGUGUCAUUGUGUGGCAUUGGACGUUGAAGGUCGUUGCUACACCUGGGGACGCAAUGAGAAAGGUCAGUUAGGUCAUGGAGAUAUGAUCCAACGUGACAGGCCUACCAUUGUCUCAGGACUCUCCAAGCACAAGAUUGUGAAAGCAGGAGCAGGGAGGAGCCACACGGUUGUGGUUAGCGAUAAUGGGCAGUCCUUUGCUUUUGGCUGGAAUAAGCAUGGGCAGUUGGGUUUAGGCACCACCGCCAAAAACGGCUUUGUUUCUGCGGAAGUUGAAUCUUCGCCUCUUCCGUGUGUUGUGUCUGAUGAGGUCAUAGACAUUGCAUGUGGGGCUGAGUUCACAGUGUGGCUAUCUUCUACUGAAGGAGCCUCUAUACUGACUGCCGGACUCCCACAGUAUGGUCAGCUUGGUCAUGGAACUGACAAUGAGUUCAAUAUGAAGGAUAGCUCGGUUAAACUGGCCUACGAAGCUCAGCCACGCCCUAAAGCCAUAGCCUCUCUUGCGGGUGAAACAAUUGUCAAAGUUGCAUGUGGAGCAAAUCAUACAGUGGCCGUCGAUAAGAAUGGGUUUGUUUACACAUGGGGCUUUGGUGGAUAUGGAAGGCUUGGACAUAGGGAGCAGAAAGAUGAAUGGUCUCCUCGCCGCAUUGAUGUGUUUCAGAGACAUAACGUUUUACCUCCUAAUGCUAUUGUCUCUGCUGGCACUGCAAACUCCGCUUGUACUGCUGGUGGGGGACAGUUAUACAUGUGGGGAAAGAUGAAGAACAAUGGUGAUGAUUGGAUGUACCCUAAACCUAUGAUGGAUUUAAGUGGUUGGAACUUGCGUUGGAUGGAUUCAGGAAGCAUGCAUCAUUUUGUUGGUGCGGAUAGUUCUUGCAUAAGCUGGGGUCAAGCUCAGUAUGGAGAACUUGGUUACGGCCCCAACGGUCAAAAAUCCUCUGCAGCGCCUAAAAAGGUGGAUUCACUCGAGGGAAUGCAUGUAAUGGGUGUGGCAUGCGGUUUGUCCCAUUCUAUGGUCAUAGUUGACAGAACAGAUAUCACUGAUCGUCUUGAGCAGCUCGAGAUCUACGACGGGAAAGGAUCAUUAGAAGAGACUGUAGAACCAAAAGAAGAAACUGUGGCAACAACAAAGCAACAACCUGCCAGAAGAGGUGCUACUAAAAAGAGGAAAGCGUCAAAAGCUUCUUCCGAGUCUGAACAAGACAGUGAUGAAGAAAACAGUGACAAGGAGAAGGAAGCUCAAGGUAGCGACAGCGAGUACAGUGAAGAUGGAGAAGAAGAAGCCAAUGGAAAGAAACAGAGUACUCGUGGCAGAGGACGUGGCCGUGGCCGUGGAGGAAGAGGCCGCGGUGGCCGCACCGGUAAUGGAAAAGCUUCGCCGGUGAAGACCAGUGGAAGAAGAGGAAGACCACGUAAGUCUUAGAAAACUAGCUUUUGACUCCAAGUUUUUUCUCUCGUUCUUUCACACAAUGAGAGGCUAAGAAACACCUUUUCUGCUUUACCAAACAUUUGUUUUAAAGCUUAUCGGCGGCUUCUGUAUUCUGAUGUAAACCACAUCGAAUGAUUUACAUUUUCGGUUCGAACAGUUUUCUGAUCUCAUCUAAUGAAAAAAGUGGUACGGUUUUGUCUUGCA